GGUGUGUGGGAAACGGUUCUGAAUGGGGGGGGAAGCGAACGAAACGAUACACUAUAAUAUUAUCCUUCCCGUGUAGUAGGCAGAUAGGCGCAGGCGAAGAAGCUGCGAAAAGCAAAACCCCCAACGGAUCAUUAUCAAUGCAAAUUGAACGGCAAAAGAGAGAUGUAUAACAGAACAACACACCCGUCGCCCAUUGCUUGGUGGUGGUGGUGGAGGUGGACGCGAAUAACCUCCGUUAAGCUGCGGCAUCUCCAUCUUGCAGACGAAUGCUACAACACAGCUCCCCCUCACCCCGCGCGUUGUUCGACGAUCGAUGCACGAUCGCGCGCCGGCCCCGAACGGGCUGCGAUGCGCGAACAGGCGAACGACGCGAGAACACCCGUGUCCACAUUUAAGCAUGCGCUAGUGUGGCCGGGAUUUUUAUUCGCGCUUCAGCUCGCCGCAGUGCACGUAGUGCGUACACGGUAUUCGCUACGGUUUAACCCCGCGGAAAGUUCCUGCUCGUGAGCAAAGGGUUCCUGCUUGUUCAUUACACUCAGUACAUAAGGGUGUACGACCGUUUGAUCGUUUUAAAUUUGCGUCCAAGAAACGAUGGCUCGAUUUGCGCCACACCUAGUGCUAUCGGUCGUGCUGCUGGAGCUGUGCCGUGGUUCCUUCGCUGCAUCGCUUAGCGGUGGCUUACCGAACGCGGCAGUGUCUCCGUGUCCUGCCAUCUUUCAGUACGCUAGCGACAGCAUUAAGCAGCAGAUUUACGGUAUCGUAGACACGCGUGAGCAACCGGUGGAUAAGGUGGGCACGUUGGAACUGCAUCUUUCCAUUGCGGGCGAACUACACUCGAAAUACGUCGGUUCGAUUGAAGCAAUCGAAGACAGUGCGCAAAUUUUGCAACAGUUCGGCAAAGGCCGCGGCGUGACGUACCGCGUUAAUUUCCCCAUCCAAGAGCCACUGCCCAAGGUCACGAAGGUGAUCUUCAACGAUCGCGAGCUCUGCACGGGACCGGCCGAUCGUGGCUCGUUCGUCAGUGCGGUGACCCUACGGCACUUCCUGCGGUCGGACUCGUGUAAGGAUAAGUGCGACCGUACCAAGCUGGUGGUACCGACGUCCCUGAACCUGAAGCUGACUCCACCGGCUCCGGCACCGGCGGCCGGGACAGCGAUCGCGCCCCUUCCAGUGACUGGACUGCCGAAGGUGGUGGUGCCAAAGGGUGAAGGUGGUCCAGUUUCUUCCUCCUCCACGCCGCAGCUGACCGGAGAUGCGCCGGCCGUCCAGCACGAGUACCAGCGCACGAUCGAGCGCAAGGAGGAAACGAACAACCCGCAGGACAACAGCACCUCGGUGAAGUACAUCCGGGAGGAGAUCACGUACCGCAAGCAGGUCAUCUCGCCCGGCGGUGCAACGGCGGCACUGCAGGCCGACGAACUGCGGCUACCCUCGUUUGUGAGCGAUAAAUUGACGUAAUUUCCGCUCCAGCCGCGUGCGGAACAGACGGAGCAAGCAUCGGCGAUCGGUUGCCCUAUUCCGACCAGAUCCAUUUCUGGUUCACGGCUUAAUAUCGUUUCAAAUGUAAAGCUUGUUUUUCUUUUUUGUUUAGUUGGCCACAGAAUAAAGACACCGCGCGACGACACGCGGUACACAACACAAAA